AUUCACAUAAUUGAAGCUAUUGUACCAGAACUACUUGUAGGCUUGCGGAAGAAAACUGCGUGAAUCGCCCCUAGAAUGCAAUAAGCCAUGAGAACAGUUUACUUAGUGUAACUUGAUAUCUAUCAACCAUGAUGGUACCUUAUCCCAAAAUUUGUAACUACUUGAGGAGUUUGUCUAGGAUGAACACGCUGUGUUUGUAAAAUCUUUAAGUUUAAGUCUUCCAGGCAAGUUACAUGUAUCCAGGAUGGCAGGACCAGAACGGGAAUUUACAGGACUAAACGAUGCUGAUAGACGGCAUUUCGACUUUAUGCAGACUUUACUCCGUAUAUCUGAGGAACUCACUGCUGAUGAAACAGCAAACGUUAAGUUGUUCUGCAUGCACCUUAUUCCAAAAAGUAAGUCAGAAAAACUUAGACGAGCGGUUGAUGUAUUUGUGGUUCUGAUAGAAUUGUGCAAAAUAGACCAGGAGAACCUAGACUUUGUCGAAGAGGUCUUAGAGAGAAUCGGACGACAGGACCUCGUAAGGGAUAUCUUGCGCCCUUUCCAACCACCUGACCGAGAGAUUCCUGAGAACCCCGAACUUCGACCGGGAACGAGUGCUGAGGGUGCAACUGAAGAUGGAACUACAAUGUCCAACACCUACUUGGUCAUAAAUGGUCAAAGGCACAUGAUCCAGGAAACCAUAGAUCAUCAUAGACGCAACAUAGCAUCGCUGUGUCGUAUUAAAAGGUCACAGGUCAAGUUCAGAGGGUACAGGAAAGGCAAGAGCAUCCUGGUGCACUUCUCCAUACCGCGGGAGAACACAGGAGUGCUGAGGCUCAUGGCAAAUCACUCCGACCCGAGGCUUGUAUACAUGGGCGUCAAGUCACUGCAAAUCGACACGGAAGAACCCAUAGAGGUCACAAGGGAAACAGUGCUGUUUGAUGUCAAGAGACAACUGCCAGCAGAUGACAUUAAGGUGGGAUGCAGUACCCGAAUCAAACAACAGAUGGCGCUGAAGAACUGGACUCACCUGUCUGCCCUGAACCUGUUCUCGAACGCCCUGCCCCUCCACUUGCAGGUAGCUGAAAGUCUGGAGUACCAGGGCUUCUCUUAUAGCCUGGUCAAGGCUUUGGCACAGAGGGAUCGGCUGAGAGAACACAAGAUGAGGCAGCUUAUCAAAAACCUUAAGAAGGCAGAGGUGGAUUCCAACACAUUCAUGACGAUGCGUUCCGAGCUGAUCAUCGGAAGAAAACUGAACGAGUUAAAAGAAGCCCGUGAGACCAUCACAGUUCUUGAAAAACAGCUAAAGCAGGCUCAUGAAGACAUAGAGAAAGCCAAGCAUGUCAUGACCCAUAGACAUGGGACAGAGUACAGGGGAGAGAAGCCACCUGUAGGCUGGUCCGUACUGGUCGAUGACCCAACUUUAGCUGUAUAUAGAUAUGUAGAUGAUAAACACACUAAAUCUGCAAUGCCAGAAUUGGAUGAUGGGAGAAAGCAAGAGGAACACAUUUCGUCCCCACCAAUAAAGGAGCAAAGCCAGUCCAAGCCAGCUGGGGCAGAGGGAACGACUGUCAGUCAUGAGAAUUUCAAAGUAACUUAUGAUGGGCGGCGUUCAGGAGUAAAGUUUGAAAGGCCGCGUGGCGUUGCAGUCUCGGCAAGUAACGAGAUAUUUGUUGUGGACACAGGUAACAAACAGGUUGUAGUACACGACGUGCAUGGUGUUUACCUCCGUCACUUUCCAACAGUUAUCCAAGGUACUGGGGGCAAGUUAAUGAGGCCAUUUGAUGUGUCUGUUGACAAAAAUGGCACUCUCUGGGUAGUUGGACGAGGGAAAUCACUGGAUCAUGUUGUUCAAUACAACACGUAUGGGACUAUUGUGUCAAAGAUUGACAUACCAAUGAUUGAGGAUUACCGCGGAAUUGCAGUGAACAUGUGCAAUGAGUGCAUCUUGGUAACUGAGACCCAUAAGACCUAUUGCACAGUGCUGGUGUUCAGACCAGAUGGAAUGCGGGUACAAUGGUUCCGGCAUCCAGCUGAUCCUAAAGCUGGGAUGAAAUUCCCAGAGUACAUUGCUGUGGAUGAGGGUGGGAACAUCCUUGUGACCGACAGCACUACUCAUUCGGUCUACAAAUUGGAUGAGUUUGGGGACUUCCUGUUCAAGUUUGGAGGUUACGGAAGUGGCAAAGGUAGAGCUGCAGUAUCCCAACGGUAUUUGUAUAGACAGCUCGGGGCAUAUCAUAGUGGCGGACUGUAG